GCCCUGCAGCCCUGUAUAUAAGAUCUGUCAGAGAAGGUGUGAGUAGCUCGUUUUGAAUAUGCAGUUCUCCUCCGUGGUUGCGUCCCCGAAGCUGGUGCUGCAGCUCUGCAUCAGCACCCUGCAAUGCAUUAUGGCGAGCGUCUUUUCAAUAGUUUGUUUCUGGACAGCAGGAGGCUGCAAGGGGACAACCUCCCCUGUUUCACCUGUUGACUGCCAGCUGGAGCAAAGGAAAGUCCAAAAUGCCACGACUCCAACAAGUGUCAACUAUCAUUUCACACGCAAGUGUAAUUACAAAUGUGGAUUUUGUUUCCACACUGCAAAAACCUCCUUUGUCCUGCCUCUAGAGGAAGCCAAGAGGGGCCUCAAACUUCUGAAGGAAUCUGGCAUGGAAAAGAUCAACUUCUCGGGAGGAGAGCCCUUCUUGCACGAAAAAGGAGAAUUUCUGGGGAAAUUAGUUCAGUUCUGUAAACUGGAUCUACAGCUCCCAAGUGUCAGCAUUGUCAGCAAUGGGAGCAUGAUCAAAGAAACAUGGUUCCAGAAAUAUGGUGACUAUCUGGAUAUCCUGGCCAUCUCCUGUGACAGUUUUGAUGAGGCAACCAACCAGCUGAUUGGAAGAGCUCAGGGCAGAAAGAGCCACGUCGACAACCUUCACAAGAUUCGCAACUGGUGCCUGCAGUACAAAGUGGCAUUCAAGAUCAACUCGGUCAUCAACACCUUCAACGUGGACGAAGACAUGACUGAGGCCAUCACCCAGCUUAACCCAGUCCGCUGGAAGGUGACUCACCCUGCUCGGUUUCGUUUUCGAUGUAUGUAA